CUACGACGACUCGAUCGAGGCUGUGUGUGGUGUGUGUGUACGUCCGACGUCCCAAUCUUUAGCACGCAUAACUGGGAUGUGGGGAAUUUCCUUAGUGAAGAUUCCGUCAAAAUAAAUGGGUUUUCACACGGUGUAAAUUACAGGUUUCUACACUACAUUCCCGUCGACCUUCUCCAUAUACUGCGGGGAGAGAUUUUCGUAUGAAUCCACCGAGAGAUCUCUCCUUAGGAGCGAGGGCUGACGACGGAGAAAGUAACACUGAAGUCAAUCUCAGAAGCCCCGCCAACAGUCCAGAUGAUAUGAAGCGUGCAGCAGUACAGAAACGAAUUGAGCAAUAUUUCUACCAGCUAGUAGAUGGCUGCGGCAACUCCAAGUGCUCCAAUGAGCACUGUGCCUCCAGUAGAGGGCAGCGCCUCAGCCACAAUGAGGCCGCUGCGAAGGCUCUGGCACUGUGCAAAGCCCAGGCCCAGCUCUGCUACCAAGCCUCACUGACAACCACCAAGCAGGCCAAGACAACACACUCCAAGAAUGUAGAUGUGAGUGAUGAGGCAUCGACCAGUCAUGCCUCACCACCAGAAGUCAACACGGUCAGCUCUGCGACUGCCACACCUAAGAUCAGCAAAGGUGCAUCAACGAGCAACCUGACACCCCAAACGGGCAGUGAUAUCUCCGUAAUGGAGACACCUAGAAAUGAAGGGGCAUCAACGAGCGACCAGACUCCCAUUGUGGGCAUCCUUCCUCCUGAAGUUAUUGGAGCGCCUGUAAAGAAAACCAGAGCCGAAUCUCAAGUAGGCAAGCAGCCAGACCACCUCUCUGAAAAGAAACUGAUUGAUGUGAUAAACAGCUGCAAGAGUGAGAAUAACUUUUCACCGUUAGUACGCCUGAUCGGAGAGGUGUUCUCAAGUUGGAAGGCACUCAACAAGAGCUUCCUGAAGAGAGCCUUCAAGACGGACACCCCUGACAAGGAAGAGACGGACUUCGAGAGACAGUUAUCUGAGAAGGAACAAGAAAGAAUGAUUGAUGAGAAAGAAAAAGACGAAGAUGAAACUAUGGCUUCUGGGUUCCUGUCUUCAACGAGCGGUAAACUCAUGGUAGAUGUCGAGGCAGUUCAACGAGUCUUCAAGGCUCUGGAGGACCUGGAAGAAGAGCGUGUAACAAAUGCUUUGCUGAAUGCCAUCAUUGCGCUGUCGCAGACCAUCGUAGUAGAUGUACGCUGGAUCCCACAGUUUCAGAGCAACCCGCGCUUUCUAAAUGUCUUUGUGAUCAUCAUGGAGAACUCCUCACUACAAAGUCCCGAAUUCUUAGAGGUGGCAUACCCGAGCUUCUGUAAAGCGAUUGGCCGUCUUCCCCUGUCAGCCCAGGCAACUCUUGCUCGAGUGUGGUCCAAGUUCCCCGCGACUAACCUGAGAAAAAAACUGGAAAGCCUUCAGCAGCUCAUCACAUUCAAAGUGCUGACAGAAAACUUUGGAACAUCAAGCAGCAGAAUGGUCAAUGAGGAUGAGAGUAUAACCAGUGCCACAAAAUGCAUGAAGAUUAUCUUCUAUGCGAGUCUCUUGGGUGGAACGGUGGACCAGUCAAGGUCUUCGAACACCCAGGAAGAGGAAGACAGGGACAUUAUGGAAUUUCUUGGCGCAGUUGGAAACGACAAAGACAAGAAGAUUCCUAAGGAAGACCCCCUCUCAAAAGAGCUCUCCAUCUCGGUCUUAGAUUCGACAACACCCCUUAUACCAUUUGAGGAAUUCUACAAUGAAACUUUAAGUGAGCAAGUUGAAAUGGGGGAGGAUUUUGCGCGAUACAAGAAAGAUGGCCUCGGACAGAGUGGACAGUUUUCCUUUCUUCACUACCCAUUCGUUUUGACAGCGGCCGCAAAGAACAUGGGAUUGUAUUAUGAUAACAGAGUACGGAUGUACAAUGAGCGAAGGCUAACUGUCCUCAACAGCCUGGUGCAGGGAGAGCAGUUUAAUCCUUAUUUAAGACUGAAAGUGAGGAGGAAUCAUGUGAUCGAUGAUGCACUAGUCAGGCUUGAAAUGAUUGCCAUGGAGAACGCUGCAGACCUUAAGAAGCAACUGUAUGUGGAGUUUGAAGGAGAGCAAGGCGUGGAUGAAGGCGGAGUGUCCAAGGAGUUCUUCCAGCUUGUCAUUGAAGACAUCUUUAAUCCAGACAUUGGAAUGUUUACCUUCCACGAGGCUACAGGACUGUACUGGUUUAAUCCCACCUCAUUUGAGGUGGACCGUCAGUUUACACUUAUAGGAAUUGUACUGGGUCUGGCCAUCUACAACAACAUCAUCUUAGAUAUACAGUUCCCUAUGGUAGUGUAUCGCAAACUUAUGGGCAAGAAAGGAGUUCUUUCUGACCUAGCUCAGGUUGAACCAGUCCUUUCCAACAGCUUGAAGUACCUGCUUGAGUGCGAGGAGAAUGUAGAAGACGUCUUCAUGAUGAAUUUUGUGAUCAGUUACAAGGAUGUGUUUGGUAACACUAUAACCCAUACACUGAUGGAGAAUGGUGAGAAUACACCAGUCACCAACGCUAACAGACAGGAUUUUGUGGAUAAGUAUGUUGACUUCACUCUGAAUAAGUCACCAGAGAAACAGUUCAAGGCCUUCAAGCGUGGCUUUGAUAUGGUUACUGAUGAGUCCCCACUCAAGAUCUGGUUUCGUCCCGAGGAAGUGGAGCUCCUUGUCUGCGGAAGUAGACAUUUUGAUUUUGAUGCUCUGGAGGAAGCCACAGAGUACGACGGAGGUUACACAAAAGAGUCCACCAUCAUUAAGUAUUUCUGGGAGAUUGUGCACAAAAUGGAUGACAACCAGAAGAAGAAGCUGCUGAUGUUCACCACUGGAAGUGACCGGGUACCUGUUGGCGGAUUAGCCAAACUCCGCCUUAUCAUAGCCAAAAAUGGAGCAGACUCUGAUAGGUUACCCACGUCCCACACUUGCUUCAACGUAUUGCUACUCCCAGAGUAUAACAGCAAAGAAAAACUUGAAGAGAGACUACUCAAGGCCAUCACUCAUGCCAAAGGGUUUGGCAUGCUGUAAAGCAACCUGCUGUUGAGUUGUACCCCUUAGGGAAAGUCAAGACAUCGAGUCAGGCCUGCCAACUUGAAGAGAGACUACUCAAGGCCAUCACUAAUGCCAAAGGGUUUGGCAUGCUGUAAAGCAACCUGCUGUUGAGUUGUACCCCUUAGGGAAAGUCAAGACAUUGAGUCAGGCCUGCCAACUUGAAGAGAGACUACUCAAGGCCAUCACUAAUGCCAAAGGGUUUUGCAUGCUGAAAGCAACCUGGGGCCAAGUUCAUAAACCUUUUUGAGGUAUGGCGGACAUACAAUGUUUUACGCGCGCGCCCCAAACGGGGGCAACUCAUAGAUAUAGAAUAUA